AUGUACGAGCAGGCAGAGCCUGUCCGGUCGCCUUUCUCCGGCCCCGACAGCCGCCAAACCAGCGGGCCGCCCCAACCCCGUCCCGUCCCUCAGAGUGGUUCACGUGGGCGUGUCCGCCAUGGCAACGGCGCUUCUGACAAGCAGCGGGAAGACCAGGACACGUCUUCACACACGUACGAAGACGCCGAGGAGGUGAAACGUCACGCAACGUCUGCAGACCGCGCGUAUCCGGGUGGAGCGAGCGGCCGCCGGGGUGUCUGUAGCUUCCUCCGCGCCCGCCGCAGCUGCCUGGCUGCCGGCAUCGCCGUGCUACUGAGCUUGUGCGCCGUGGGACUCGCCCCUCUGACGUUCAGCAACAAACAGGAAAUAUCCCAAUUGUCGACAACUGUUGACGCCUUGAAACACGACCAAGACGCCCUGAAGCGCGACCAAGACGGCGUGUCCACCACUGUUGACGCCUUGAAGCGCGACCUGGACAAGGAGCGCAGUUACACCAAGUGGCGUGGGACCUGCUUCAAGGCCUUCGACACAAUCAAGACCUUCGACAAUGCAGCCGCGGCCUGUCGUGCAGACGGCGGCGCCCUCGCCAUGCCCCGAGACGCCGAGACCGACGCCUUCCUUAUCUCCCUGCGCAACUCCGUGAGCGAGUAUCGGCCCUUCUGGUUCGGCCUGCACGAUCGGUGCGAAGAGGGAAAGUUUGAGUGGAUGGACGGCUCUCCUCUUGGGUCGUACAGCUCCUGGGGUCCGGGACAACCGGACGACUAUGAGGCCGAGGGCAGGGCAGAUUGCGUCAUUUACUCCGCGUACUUAGCCUGGAAAGACAAGUGGUCCGACAGAAACUGCGACCAGCUGAUGUACUUCAUAUGCCAGACUGCUCCAGUCAAAAUGUACGAGCAGGCAGAGCCUGUCCGGUCGCCUUUUUCCGGCCCCGACAGCCGCCAAACCAGCGGGCCGCCCCAACCCCGUUCCGUCCGUCAGAGUGGUUCACGCGGGCGUAUCCGCCAUGGCAACGGCGCUUCUGACAAGGAGCAGGAAGACCAGGACACGUCUUCACACACGUACGAAGACGCCGAGGAGGAAAUAUCCCAAUUGACAACUACUGUUGACGCCUUGAAGCGCGACCAAGAAGACAUGUCCACCACUGUUGACGCCUUGAAGCGCGACCUGGACAACGAGCGCAACCGGACCGCCACCUUGGAGCAGCGUCUUCACGAGAUUGAGAAUCGGAAGACUUUACGUUACACCAAGUGGCGUGGAAUCUGCUACAAGGCCUUCAACACAGCCAGGACCUUCGACCAUGCGGCGGCGGCCUGUCGUGCAGACGGCGGCGCCCUCGCCAUGCCCCGAGACGCCGGGACCAACGCCUUCCUCAUCUCCCUGUACAAGUCCGUGAGCGAAGAUAGGAGCUUCUGGAUCGGCCUGCACUAUCAGCGCGAAGAGGGAAGGUUUGAGUGGGUGGACGGUUCUGCACUUGGGUCGUACAACAACUGGUCUCCGGGACAACCGGACAACUACUACGGGGGCAGGGCAGAUUGCGUCCGUUACUCCGGGCGAUCAUCCCUGAAAGACAAGUGGGCUGACUAUUACUGCGACCGGCAGUUUUACUUCAUAUGCCAGGCUGCUCCAGGACAUCCAUAG